UUACAUCAAUGAUGACAUGAAUGAACUGGUGACAUGAACGACCAAAAGUCUGACACAAAAAGUAGCCCCAAAAUUGAUCAAAAGGAUGAACAUAAAUCUGACCAUAAGAAUGAUCUUAAGAGUGAACCGAAAUCUGAACCAAAAACUGAACCAAAAACUGAACCGAAGUCUGAACAGAAAGCUGAACAGAAAGCUGAACAAAAAGAUGAGCCAAAAGAUGAGCAAAAGACAGAGGAACAUAAAAAUCUUGAUUUUGAGCAAAUGAAAGCCAAGGCCCCAAAGCUUUUGGCUGAUAUGGUACACAUGCUUAUCGCAUGGCAGAAAAUGGGCUUCCAUGUGCCACGAGGUGUCAGGAACAUAUUUGAGUUUACCUGGGAUGAGCUCAUAGAGAUAGCACCAAGAAAAUCUUUCACUGGUUUAUAUUGUCCAGUUGUCAAAUUCCUCCCCUAUGACGAGGCUGAGCUGGCCUCAACUAUAUCAAGAAUUCAAAAGGUGGGUGCUACACCCUCAGCGAGAAGAGCUAAUUAUGUGGUUUCACUUGAAAGCCAGCCGAUGCUCAUGAAAUUCCAAAAGCGGUCCAUACAUCUCCUGACAGAACUUCUGAAGUUAAAGAUGAAGAUAAUGAUUGAUGCCGUUGCUGGUCCCAACGCUGAUGAGAUUGCAAAACGAUUCCUGGAAAGUGGUCAACAGCUAAGUCCCAAAUCCCGGGAAGAAGCAGUGGAGCUUAUGAAAGAACCCAGAAGGAAAGGAGGGCGAGGUGCAGCUCCAAUGGGGCCAGCAAUUCCUAUAACUUCCACUACCCAACUCAUACAGCAAAUGUCAUUAUCCUGCCUUUGCUUUUCAUUGUCAUUCAAAGAGGUCAAACCACAGAAGAGCUCAGGUCUGCUUAAAAUCAAAGGGGGUGGCAGCACCACUGGUCAAGACAAGGACUCCAUUUUAUCUGACAGAUUUGAUCCAUGUCCUGAAGCAAGGGAGAAGCUCCGUGAACUAUGCCGUCAAAUAGAACAUGAGAAGUCUGUAGCCAUAGCAAAGUGCCAUGUGAGACCCCUAAUACUGAAGAAUUAUCCAACUGUGCACAAGUCACCAUCUCAGGCCUUGAAAAGAGCUUCCCUAUCUCAAUUAACCUCUGAAAUCAGACGUUCAAAACUGAAAAAGUUAUUCUUUUCCAUUCCUGAUGGAACAUCUCUGAUUUAUUAUCCAUCCGGAAAUAUUGCAGUUUUCCAGUUUCCCAUAUGCUGCAUAGGAAAGGCAAUCACCUUUCUGUUUCAGGAUGUUCCAACUCAAGGAUUUUUAGGCAUGUUUUCCCCAGGCCACUCAUGUCUAUCUUAUUCCUUUAAAUCAAGCUUUUCUGUGGCGUUACUGAUGAAUCAGUCAGGUGGGAUAGUUAGAGACAAAUAUGGCAAUUUAACCCAUCGCUGGAACUGGUAUUCCAGAAAAGAAGUUCUACAGUCAUUAGAUUUUCAGAUAAAUGAACAGUUAAAAUUAAAGGUUCUUAGCCAAAGUUCCAUGACCAUUACUUUUGCUGCCUUGAAUGAAACCAUCACCUUAUCUUUGAUAAGACCUGGAUGUCUGCAUGGAUGCAAAGCUGAUAAGCAGUUGACUGUAAAAAGCAUUGAAGCUGAUGAGAAAGAACAUUGGAGAAGAAGCCUUAUUGACAUUAAGAAGAGGUUUGAGAAAACUAUAAAACAAUUUAUAAACAGUGUUUUGAUGAUUUCAGGAAUAUGCUGCAUAGACUAUCCACCUGAGUUUCGUACAAAACCUGUGAAGUGUAAAAAAGCGGAAUCGCCACUACAGACCUGGGAUCGAAAGCUAAGAGAAGAAGCUAUGGCUUCAGUUUCAAAACCAAAAGAGAAACGAGCUGUCAGGCCAACAAGCUUACCCAGUUAUCACCCACUUAAGAGAAAAUUUAGGCCUCCCUCACGAGCCAAAGAAGAGAUCCCAGAUGUAAGCCCUACCCCUGAACCCUGGGCAAUUUUUCCUAUGGACUGUCCAAUUGUGCUGCGCAAAGUUUUGACCAAAACUAAUGAUGGUUUAGGUUGCAAAUGUGUAGUAAAAAUCCCAUUAAUUACGGACUUGGAAUUUGAAAAGUUCAUCACUGCCCCAAGAGACCCUCAACAAGUCAUUGUGAUAUGUGUGUUGUCACCGCAAAAGCAUUCCUACUCUCCUUUCUUUGAGUGGUCUGUUGAACAGCUGUACAUAAAGAUGCAGCAUGGCCGUCCCUCACCUUGUAUUCAGAGCAAGCAUGAUUCCUACCGUUUCCUGAAAUAUGAUCUAGAGAAUCCACUGAAUAAAACACCUCCUCUUCUGGUGCAGAAACACGGUGUUGUUCCUGGAAUGGUGGUGAUGUAUGCCGGAGGGAAGCUGCUCUUUGGAAGCUGUGUUUUCAACGGAUACAGCUACAGUAAGAAGGACCUGAUGAAACAGAUCAACCAAGUUUGCUUUGACUGCAAAAGAGGUCACUUCCUGCCUCAGAGCUUCAAAUUUAGUCCUAUUGCGGAACCUCCGAAGAAACCCUCUUACCAAAGUAUAGAAAGUAUUUAUACUACCAAUGUUAAGGAAUAUGAAGAGCAAGAGCCUGUUGUUGAAGAGAAGAUAGAAGUAGAAGAGAAGAUAAAACGUGCUAGCCGUGGAAAGAAGAAAACAAAGAAAUAGUUUGGAAAUAGAUUGGAAGGUGUUACUGUUAUUUAUUUGUUUGUUUAUUUAGCACAUACAUUCAUGCUGGUCUGAAUUUAAUGCAGUUACAGAUGUUCAAUACAGAUAUAGCCAAGUGGAUUGCAUACAUUAUAUAGCAAACCACAUCCCAAAAGUAUCUGCCUUAUUAUCAUCAACCUUCCCAUAAAGGAGCUUCUUUCUUUCCAUAAAUCAUCUUAUCUUUCUAAAACAUCUGGAGAUCAAUUCCCAGCAAAUAUUGCAGAUCCUAGCAAGAAUCUCCUUACCUUGUUCUGCAGAAAUAAAACACCUUUGGAAAGAAAACAAACGUUGUGGUCAGACUGACGUGCAGGAAGCAUAGCAAGUUUUGUGAGUUGAUAGGGCAGAGAGGCAUGGACAGCUAAGAUGGGAUACAGCAAACAAACAAAUGAAAUGAAGGGCCAUUAGAGGUCAUUGAAAAUGGAAUUAGUUAAAUUAUCAUCAUCACUACCCUCAUGGUAUGGUAUACCCUCAUGGACCUCAUAUGAAAUCUUAUGGGAUUUCUAACAGCAAUAUAGAAAGAAUGCCAAUAUUUUGAUAUAUUAAGGGGUUGUUUUGCUUGAGGAGUUGUUUAAGCAUUUGACAGAUGAUAUGAAAUAGUAAGGAUGAAAUUAAGACAUGGAUUUGUUUUGUUUCGUUUUAGUUUUUGGCACUCACAACCUCCUUCAAAACCAUACAAUGAUGUCUAGCACUUGGAAAAAAUUACCAUCCUUCCUUAUACAUUGAUCUUCCAGCAAGAAGCCUUAAUCUUUUCAGAAACAAUGUGUUUUCAAAAUUGUGACACACUGAAGUUUUUCAAGAGAUCAGAUUAACAUGGGGAAACAUCUAAUAAAGAACAAUCACAUCCAUAUAGAUGCUUAGAACAGAACUGAAGAGAAAAGAAAAAGAAAAUGGAAUUCUGACUGAAUUCUAUUCUAUACAUGAGUAUAUACAAUACUAAAAUACAAUUUUCACUUGGAAUCUUAAAAUCCCCUGUUAAAUUGUGGACACCUAUAGCCUUCUGUACAUCAUGUUGCAGCAGCUGUCCUCAUCCUAACCAUAAGUAGAACUGACUAAGGCUGAUGAAAGUUGAACAAUAUUUGGAAGGCCACAAUGCUGCAUCCCUGUCUCAGAUAUGAGGGCUAGAUUUGACAGGACACCUGGACUCAGCUGUGACACCCAAUGGAGACCUUGCACUUCUAUCUGAUAAUAAAGUGAGAUUAUGACUCACCUUUCACCUUAAACAAAUAUAUAAUGUAAGAAAUCUAUGGUAAAGUACAUAUGUGAUAAAUAAAUAUGUAAUCUGAUAUUG